AUGGAGAGCCCACAAGACCACCAGUCUGAACGACCAACUCCAACUCCUGCCACACCCCUACUCUUCACCUUACCUGCCGAGAUACGUUUGAAAAUAUUUGGCUUCUGCGUCCCCCGAAAAUGCGCCAUCAAAGUGUCAAGCACGAGAUACCGGCCCUAUGGGGUCGAACCUCUGGUUUCUACGCGGGACCCGUCCCCCGAAGAGGACAGGUUCUCCAACACCAGGCCUCUCUGGACUAACGUCUUACAUGUUUCGAAAAGAAUGAGCGAUGAAUGCUUGAACAUCCUUUAUGGCGAGAACUUGUUCGAAGUCUACCUGAACAGAGGAGCUGAAGCUACACUCAAGAAAACCUUCAGCAAACAAAAUAUCCAGCGAAUCCGAUUCAUGGUCGCCAUCGACCCAGGCCCAUGUUUUAGCGGGGAAUUGAAUCCACCAGAUAUUCCUUUUUGGGAAAUGACUGUCCCGAACUUGAAGUUGUUUGAAUGGGUGACCCAGCCAGACAAGAAAGCUGAGGAGCACACGGGCGAUCUCGCGAUGAGGCAAAGGGUAGAGGAUUGGAUGGAGUGGACGGACGCCUACUUGGACUGUUUCAGCCAAUUUAUGGUGGCCGGGGUGGAGUUCAAGAUGAGACUCGACAAAGGAGAUGGUGAAUACAGGCAGAUUGGGAGACUUUCUUUCCGGCGAGGACCAUUUUUCAGCAAGGAUGAAUCGCAGAAAUGA